AUGGCUCUCCAGCGCAUCUCCUUUAUUGGCAUCGGCAACAUGGGCCGGGCACUAGGCCAAACACUACACAAGGCCGGGCAUCCCAUCACGAUCUGGAAUCGAACAAGGGAUCGCGAGCAGGUGAACCAGCUGGUCGAGCUCGGGGCCGAGUUUGAGCACGACGCGGAAGCGGCGAUUGCCCGAAGUGAAGGUGUUAUCAUCAUCUGCGUGCUCGACUACGACACCAUAUACAAGGCCCUCGACAAUGUUUCCUCGUUUGAGGGAAAGACGAUUGUCAAUCUCACCAACGGGUCGCCCCAGCAAGCGACGGCGGCAGAGCAGUGGUUCAAGCAACGUCAAGCAAAGCGAUACUUUGACGGAGCCGUCAUGGCAACUCCGGACCUUGUCGGCACGCCACACUCUCUGCUUGUCUACAGCGGCGAAAGCGAAGAGGUCUUCACCGACGUCAAGUCUCUCCUCGCGCCGCUAGGUGCUGCGCACUACGAGUCCCCUGACUCGGGCUCAGCGUCCAGGCUGGACCUCGCCGCGCUGGCCACCAUGUACGGCAUGUUCUCUGGUGCGUUCAUCGGCAUGGCCCUCCUCAAGAGACAGAAGAACCUCUCAGGAAACAGAGAAGAAACCAAAGUCACGCCAGGAGUGUCCAAGGUGAUGAUUCCAUUUGUAUCAGCCAUCGUGCCUUACAUGGAACUCCUGGCCAAGUCGAUGGACGAACAGACUUGGAACGAUAGUCUCGGAAACCCUCUUGGCAUGCAGGGCACGGCACUUCAAGGCAUUCUGCAAGCCUGCAAGGAAGAAGGCGUGGACGGUAGCGCGUUGGAAAGCUUGUCCAAGAACCUGCAAAGAGCUGUCAAGGAACAGGGCGGAGAUGGUGGAAUUGCCAUUGCCGGAUCGUACUUGCUCCAGUAG